AAACUUUACUACGAAAGAAAAGUAUAAAUAACAGUUCUUCUCUACAUGAAAUUUACUUAAAAACAGCCAUAUGUCUACUAUUUUUAAACUACUAUUCCUAUUAUUGACGAGUACCGUUGUAUUGGCAGCUGAUAAAGUUGUCAUUGGGUAUUUUCCUAACUGGCUUUAUGGGAGAUAUGAAGUAUCCAGUAUUGAUUUUUCGAAAUAUACUCAUAUUCACUAUGCUUUUGCCAUCAUGACAAAUGAUACUGUACCUCUCUGGGCUGAUCCUGCUAACACUGAAACACAGCUACCUGCCUUGGUCUCUGCUGCUCAUAAAGCAGGUUGCAAGGUUCUCAUUUCUGUUGGUGGGUGGUCAGGUAGCAUCACAUUUAGUACAAUGGCUAGUAGUGCAUCUACUAGAAAAAAGUUUAUUCAAUGGAACCUUGACCAAAUUAAGCAAUAUAACACGGAUGGUGUUGAUAUCGAUUGGGAAUACCCAGGCAAACAAGGUGCAGGAUGCAAUGUUGUCGAUGCGGAUUCAGAUGUUGACAAUUAUCUGACUCUGUUAACUGAAUUACGGGCAGCGCUGGACAAUGAUAUGGAAUUAUCUAUUGCAGGUUAUGUUUCUGGAUUUUCUGGUGGCAGUGAUGGCGCAAUGAAAUCAAUCGGACAAGCAGUAACACGAGUUAAUUUAAUGACAUAUGAUAUUAAUGGUGCAUGGAAUCCUCAAACAGGACCCAACUCUCCUCUCGAGUCACCUAAUGGAGGUGUUAGUUUUACUUCGGCUAUUGACAGCUGGACAAGCGCUGGUGUACCUGCCAAUAAAUUAACUGGUGGAUUAGCUUUUUAUGGAAGAUCUACAACUGCGGAGGAAGAUAUGUCUAAAGGCUCUAUGUAUCAGGACCAAGUGACAGGUGAUCCACCCAAGGGGGACUCUUUUGAUGCAUCCUAUCAAGAUCCCUACUGCUCUAAAGACCCUGGAGGCCUAACAGGAAUAUGGAGAUUUGGUAACCUGAUCUCGGAAGGUGUUUUAUCUACACCUACAACAGCAAAAGCUCCCUGGAUACGUAAUUGGGAUAAUGAUUCAUCCACGCCUUGGUUAUUUAACCCUACGACAAAAGUGUUUAUCUCGUAUGAUGAUCCCUUAUCAAUUGCAGCCAAAGUAAAGCAGGCAAAGACUAGUGGAUUAGCAGGAGUUAUGGUUUGGUCAGUGGACGAGGAUUCCUCUGAUGGCGAUUUAUUAAACGCUGCUUACCAGGUCAGGGUCUGAUUUUCAAAAUUAGAAUGGGGUUCUUUGUUUCACGAAAUAAAUAAAAAGAAGAAAAAAGCUGUGCUUUAUUUCCCUUAUUGAUACUUUUCCCU